GGAAGUACUAAGAGGAGUCAUCCAAACAGAGCCCCCGCAGCCGCAGCCGCAGCGAGCAUGGAGCGCGAGCGGCCGUACCUGCGCGCGGGGGGCCGCCCGCACGGCUGCUGGUACUACCUGCGCUACUUCUUCCUCUUCGUGUCGCUCAUCCAGUUCCUCAUCAUCCUGGGGCUCGUGCUCUUCAUGGUGUACGGCAACGUGCACGUGAGCACCGAGUCCGACCUGCAGGCCACCAAGCGGCUCGCCGACGACCUGUACCGCCGCGUGGUCGAGCUCACGGCCACGAGCGGCAACCUCAGCAAGGAUCUCAACGUGACGACGCGCGCCAAGGACGCCAUCAUGCAGAUGCUGCUGGGCGCGCGGCGCGAACAGGACCGCAUCAACUCCAGCUUCCGCCAGUGUCAGAGCGAGCGGCUCAUCUACAUCAACAACCUGCGCUACAUGGCCGCCAUCAUCCUGAGUGAGCAGCAGUGCCAAGACCAACUGAAAGAGCUUAAUAAGAGCUGCAACACUUUGAUGGCUGAACUGCGCCAGAAAGCCAACCUGCUGGAGCUGGAGCUGACCAAGAAGAACAACUUGUUCACCACGGACAAGCAGAACCUGGAGAAGGACAAGCGGAUGAAGGAGGAGCGGCUGGGAGAGUGUGUGAAACUGCAGGAGCAGCAGCAGCUGGAGCGGCAGCUGGCGGAGCAGCGGCUGCAGAAAGUGCAAGACAUGUGCCUUCAGUUCGACAAGGAGACGUUCGCGACGGAGGUGCAGAACCUCUGGAGAGACUCCAUCAUCUCCCGCGCCCUGGGCAACCUCAACUACAACUUCUACAACCCGCUGGGCCUGGACCUGGCCACCAUCCACAGGACUUGCGAGCAGCUGCCGGCCAUCGUGGCAUCCAAGGUGGAGGAGCUGGUCCGGAGCCUGCGGCUGCGCAUCGAACACGUGGCCCGUGAGAACACGGAGCUGCAGCGCCAGAAGGCGGAGGUGGAGCAGGCCCUGAAGGCCGCUCAGGCGGCCGGGGAGAAAGCAGAGAAGGAGGCGCAGGGCCGGGAGGCCAAGCUGCAGGCGGAGAGCACCCGGCAGACCCAGCUGGCCCUGGAGGAGAAGGCGGCCCUGCGCAAGGAGCGAGACGGCUUGGCCAAGGAGCUGGAGCAGAAGAAGCGCGAGGCGGAGCAGCUCAAGGUGCAGUGGGACGUCAGCAACACGGCCCUGGACACCUGCAUCAAGGCCAAGUCCCAGGUGGUGCUUCCGCCGAGACCCCCGGGUCCCUCCUCCAACAUCCAGCCCAUCGACAAAGCCAGCCUGGAGGAGUUUAAGAAGAAGAUCCUGGAGUCCCAUGGGUCCUCUGUGGGCAGCGUCAUCGUCGUCCCGUCCAACGGCUGAGAAGGCCUCGGCCCCCAAGACGGACGACCGGGGCAGCCGCGGCAUUGGAUGCGUCCACCCUCCCGCUGGGCCUGUGCUCGGCAUUGGAUGCGUCCACCCUCCCGCUGGGCCUGUGCUCGGGGCCUCCGCACGCGCACACACACGCUGUCACAGCCCCCUCCCCCACGCCGCCCCUCCCCCCUAGCCCUGGCACUGACGUCACAGGGGCGCAGGGGGGCGGGGGCCGGCGCUGUCCAGCAGCCACUGUCCCACGCACAGGCUCCCACGCGCGCCGGCCGCCCCGCCCUGUGCCCUGCUCGCCUUAUCUCUGCCCGCCCAGGCCUGGGAGGUGCGAACCGGAAGCCAUCGCUUCUGCCGGUCUCCAGGCUCCCCCCGCGGCGGGACUUGGCGCUCGGGCUGCAGACUGCACGGGAAGCCGCCUCCUUCCUCCCUCUCCCCCACACCCAGCGGCCCAUAAAUAUACUCCCGACACUUAAUAAAUACAUGUAGUGCACCCAC